CAAAAAAGCACUUAUUCGUCAAGAUAGCUCAAAAUAUUGAUAACACGUGCUGUUAUAAGAUCUCCGAUAUCCCACUAAAUUUCUAUAUAUAAAAGUAUAGUAAUCUCAGAUUUAUUUGUAGAGCUGGCAACGUUGCGGGGUAUUAAUGCACAAUGAGGCAACCGUGUCGCCAUUGAACAGCAUGGAAUUAAACCUUCUUCAGUGUAUAUUGGUGUAUAUGUUCUGUGGUAUAUAUACUAUAUAAAUAAUAAAGAAUAUUAAUUAAUAAAUUAAAUAAAUUAGUUAGUUUUAAAAAGGUUUUGCACCCACAAAUAUAGGAGUUGCUGCUGCUACAACUGUUGUUUAAUAAUUUUUAAUCAGCAGAAAUUGGAAAACCAUGUCAGGAAUUGGUGAAAACUGUUCUUUCGUAUUCAAAAAGCUCAAAUUAAAAAAUAGAGGAAUGAGAAAAAGACACCUAUCAGAAUCCGAAGAAGAAGAAGAAGAAACAGAAGGACAACAAGUGGUAAAACAUACAAAACGUAAGAUGAAAACAAAUCCGAAUCUACAAAGCACUAGUCGAUCAGAGAAGAAAGAAAAAUCAGCAAAAAGUGAUCAGUCAAGUGAUAGUGAUGAUUUUAGAGUGAACUACAAGUCAAAUAAGUCAGCUAUGCCUUCUGGGCCAUCUGAUCAAGGAGCAACUGCUGUAGUGGAAAUAGAUACAGAGCAGGACAAAGAUGCUCAAGCUAUAUUUGAAAGAAGACUAGAAAUAAAUAAAGAGUUGGAGGGCAAAGAAGAUGACAAAGUAUAUAGAGGAUUAAAUAAUUAUACACAGUACUUUAAACCCAAAGAUACAGCAGCUGGAAAUGCCAGUUCUGGAAUGGUAAGAAAAGGCCCAAUUAGAGCACCAGCAAAUCUCAGAGCCACAGUUAGAUGGGACUAUCAACCAGACAUUUGUAAGGACUACAAAGAAACUGGUUUUUGUGGAUUUGGUGAUAGUUGUAAAUUUCUCCAUGAUAGAAGUGACUAUAAGCAUGGAUGGCAGUUAGAAAGAGAGUGGAAUGAGGGUUCAUAUAGUCAGGAAAGUGAUGAUGAUACAAAAUAUGAAAUACAUUCUGAUGAGGAAGAGUUACCUUUCAAGUGUGUAAUAUGUAGAGGCAGUUUUGUAGAUCCUGUAGUCUCGAAGUGAGUAUAUCCAUUUUAUUUUGUUUUUUUUUAAUAUACGGAAUAGCAUUGCAGUGGGUGGAGCUUGUGUAGUACACAUUUCUGCCCCUAGAGGCCUACAGCACAACUCAUUACCAGUUUAGUGCCACCUGAGUUGUCGAUCUGGCUCGUUUCGUUCCUUUGUAGUCAGUAUUUUUGCUAGAGCUGUUUCGUGCUCGUUUGCUUGGUUGCUUUGUUAUGAGACCAUUUGCUACUAUGCCUCAGAUCGCUGACCAAUGGUUGGAGGAGAAGGUAGACAUGUUACUAUGCGUACACUCUAUCGCCGCAUUCGGGCCUUUGAACUGUUUUCAUACUGUCCACGGUUAGUGCUUCCUCUGACUGCGGACCACUGUCGUCAACGUUUGACCUGGAGCAGAGAACGGCAACAUUGGGAGGAAGAAUGACAUAAUGCUAUCUUCAGCGACGAAUCGCGAUUCUGUUUAGGUACGCACGAUGGUCAUGGAGAACGGCGUGAUAUUGGAUUUGCUGUUGAGAGGCAUGUACACAGGAACGUUGGAGUAAUGGUUUGUGGGGCUAUUGCCUAUGGUAGCCGAUCACCACCUUCAAGGUGCUAAAUCAUUUUUACAUUAUUGAUCUUCACUUUAAUUUUAAAAUCUAACCAUGACCUGCACCAGAAUUUUGCAUAAACAUGAAUAAUGAUUGAAAUAUUGAAGUUAUUCAAUUUGAUGACUCUACACUUUAUGGUAAAACCGUGUUUUAAUAUAUAUUUUGAUUUCCAGGUGCAAACAUUACUUUUGCCAGAAAUGUGCGUUGGCAAGGUUUAAGAAAUCCACAAGAUGUUUUGUCUGCAACACUGCCAUCACAACAUUUACACCUGCUAACAACCUCAUCAAAAGGCUAAAAGGACUUGAUCAAGAGGAUCAUAAAAAACAAUCUGAUGACGAUUCUUCAGAUUGAUUUAUAUGUAGCUUUUUAGGAAUAAUAAUAAUUUCAAUAUAGUAACUAAUUAAGUAUUAGCAUUUGGCAUUUUGAUCCCCUUGGAUUCUCUUCUGUUAGCAACAUGUUAGGGCAGAUUAUAUUCUACUUGAAAAUAAUAGUGUUCUAUAUCCAACAAGUCUGACAUAUGUG